CUGGAGCUGGAUUCAGGAAAAUAAGUCAAACUAGGAUUGCAGCGCCGGGCAGAAGGAGGCGAGACAUUUAUAAGCAAAGAUGUUUCGCAAUCAGUACGACAACGACGUGACAGUAUGGAGCCCACAGGGCCGUAUUCAUCAGAUCGAGUAUGCCAUGGAGGCGGUGAAGCAAGGCUCUGCAACCGUUGGACUCAAAUCCAAAACCCAUGCUGUCCUGGUUGCACUAAAGAGAGCCCAGUCUGAACUGGCUGCUCACCAGAAAAAGAUCCUCCAUGUUGACAACCACAUUGGUAUCUCCAUUGCUGGACUGACUGCUGAUGCCAGACUUCUCUGUAACUUCAUGCGUCAAGAGUGCCUGGACUCCAGAUUUGUCUUUGACAGACCUCUCCCCACAUCACGUCUUGUCUCUCUUGUUGGCAGCAAAACCCAAAUUCCAACGCAGAGGUAUGGAAGGAGGCCCUAUGGUGUGGGACUCCUUAUUGCUGGAUUUGAUGAUAUGGGACCUCACAUCUUCCAGACCUGCCCAUCGGCGAACUACUUUGAUUGCAAAGCCAUGUCGAUCGGAGCACGCUCUCAGUCUGCACGUACCUACCUGGAGAGAUGCAUGGAUAAAUUUUCCGACUGUAAUCUGAAUGAGCUCGUCCAGCAUGGCCUCCGUGCUCUCAGAGAAACUCUCCCAGCUGAGCAGGACCUCACUACCAAGAAUGUUUCCAUUGGCAUUGUGGGGAAGGACAUGGAGUUCAUCAUUUAUGAUGACGAUAAUGUUGCCUCGUUCCUGGAGGGACUUGAGGAGAGGCCACAGAGAAAGGUUGCCCAGCCCGCAGAUGAACCUGCUGCAGAGGUACCCGAUGAGCCAAUGGAGCACUGAGGUAGCGAGCUGACCGGUGAUCUACCUCCUGUAGACCUCAAACCAACAUGACACUUAAUGCAACACACCAGAGUAAUUGUUAGAGGAGGAGGGGCGUCAUUGUUGUUGUUGAGAUGUGCCACUUGCUAAACUGUUAAUCCAAAAUAUUCUCUGCUGACAUCAACAGUGAUGUUGCUUUUGUAUGAGUAAUGUGUACCAUUAUCAAAGUAAUAAACCUUUUUUUGAAUUCA